ACGCCGCCAAUGAAAGACAAAUUACAGCGAAACCACUUCAGGCUGAUGCAGCUGUUCAGACAUCAAUGAUCUGUAGAGACUGGGCAACACAGGUUAACAUCCACGGGGACAAACGUAUUUCAACUAGCUCCUUUAUGCCACCACGGUCAUCGACACCAUUGCCAGAAUGGACGGAUGCAUCUGAAGACGAAAUGGAUGAAAAUGAAAACCGAAAUCAAUAUGAUCCUUCCUAUGUACUCUCUGAUGUCAGUUUGGAUAAGUAUGUAUUAGACCAUCAUAUAAUAUUGUGCAGUGCUCAAACAGAUCUUUUUUCUUUUUUCAGAGACAGUACUGUUAACACAGCGGUGCCUCUUUAUGAAGAGAGGAAGUUCAUUGUUUUUGAGUCUAGCCUGGAUGAACUGCUCUCGGUCUGCCCUCUGUGUUCACAUCCAUGCAGAGCCAUUGACAAAACUGUGAAAGGCAUAUUAUUGCAGUCAAAUGAAACCAAGGGAAGCAACCAUAUGGAGCUUGAAGGACUCAAGAGGACACUGCAAAUAUGCGAGGCUAAUGGCCUCGAGAUUUCAACUCUUGUGACUGACCGUCAUUCUCAGAUAAAGGCAUUUACAUCAAAGGAGACCUGCAUAGAGCACAGCUUUGAUUGCUGGCACGUUGCCAAGAUGCUCAAAAAGAAGCUGACAGCAGCAGCGAAGCUCAAGAAGUUUCAGGAGCUGACUCUAUGGAUUCCUGCUGUCAUCAACCACCUGUAUUGGUGCGCCCUUUCAAGCCGGGCGCAACCUGAGCUAAUUCUUGCCAAGUGGUGCUCCCUUGUCCGUCAUGUCGUUGACAUUCACGUACAUGAUGAGAGCCUUUAUCCGAGGUGCGAGCACGAGCCAUUGCCUAAGAAGAAGUGGCUGGAAGAAGGAUCACCAGCGCACCAAAAACUGAAAGCCAUCGUCCUAAACAAGGCUUUGCUCAAAGACAUUCCUCGACUAUCCACGAGUGCACAAACAUUUGCUGUUGAAUGCUUUCACAGCACCAUCACUCAGUUCGCACCGAAAAAUACCCAUUUUGGGUAUUCCAGCAUGGUAGCAAGAACACGCCUUGCCGCACUUCACUAUAAUGAAAAUAGUGCAAGGCAGCAAGCAACCACUGACAAUGGGACAAAGAGGUGGCUGGUCAAAUACCCCAAGGCAAAAAAGGCUGCCGUUGUCGCACCAGUGAAAGAAUCUUGCACAUACGGCUAUGUGAAAGAAUUGCUGAAGUGUGCUGUGGACCUGUGCCAGAAUGCGAGCUCCUACAGGGAGGCAUCGGCACGUACAAGUGUGAACGUGCCCCCUCCACUUUCAAGCAACUUUGAACAGGCUGACAAAGAAGCUCUCGUGGCAGCACAUACAAGGCGCUUUAAUAUUUGACCAACACUGCAGUAGUUCACUGAACCAGACACGUCAUUCUGAGAAGAAAACUCUGGCUGUUUAUUCAGGAGAAACUGCCAUCAUGCAUCCAGG